AUGACGGUCACUAGUCUAGUCAUGCAAAACCGCCGAGGCCAUGCCUCUGGGAAACCCCUGCGCCUGCCCAUCAUCGCUCCGAAGGAAGAGCUCAUCGAGGGAAAGCCAGAAAAGAGCCUGGUUGCUCCUCCACGAAUCCGCCUUCCUCCACGAUCACGUACAGGAUGCUGGACAUGUCGGCAAUGUACUCGACUCGGCCAUAUUUGCGACUAUCGGCCACGCCUGGCUUUCCGCGAUGAUACCCCGAGAAUUAUGGGCCGUAUGGCCGACGUGAAGACGGAAGGAAACUUCAUCUGGGAUCUUUCUUCGCCCACUCCUCCUACUAGCGGCGAGGAACGAUCAGAAUAUUUCUCCCUAGGCGACUCUCUCCCCGCAUUUUCCCUCCUCACAUCCGAUGAAGAUCGAGAGAAAAAGGCAGAGGGCUCAACACCGGGCACCUACCAUGUAGUGAUGGUGCCAGAUAGCUUUGCUUCACUGCCGGAGUAUUCAGAAGAGAAUCCCCAGUUCAAAAUCGAGCCUGCCGAGUCCAAUAGCUCUGUGGCCAGUAGCCCUAUAAGUGCUUCCAUUCCGCUGACCAAUUCUGGGGCUGAUCCCAACACCGUGAUCUUGAAGACAUUUGAAGAUGUCACUCGGCGCUGUUCCUCCAACAGCAGAUCCCGAGUCUCUCCCACUUCCGAGAUUUCAGAUCCGUUCUGCUCUCUCUCCUUGUCUCCUCUGAUCGACCCUCUCCCAUCACCGGUCAUCAUUGAUGAUUGCCAUUUGUCUUACUUUGACUCGCACGUGGAUCAACAAAGUCAGGAUAACACACUCUUUUCUCACUUCCGCCACGUUGUGUGGAAGCAAUUAUUCUCACAUGAUCGUGGUCAGGAUGAUUCAUUUGGAAUGAAUAGUGGUAUGACUUUGAGCGUAGACUUUCUAGAACGAGAAGCCUCUCAUUUCCCUCCGCUAUCUCACGCUAUAAUGGCUGUCUCGGCCCUCAGUCUCUCGCACAGCGGGACUGGGCAGACCGUCGAUGCUCUGCAGUACUACCAACAGGCCUUCCCUUCUCUGCAAACCAGCCUUCGAAAUAACGACGAUCUCGUGUCGGAUGGUCUUUUCCUCACACAUUUCCUCCUCCUGAUCUACGAGGUUGCUGCAGCCGAGCCCCACGGCUCAAAUCUCUGGUCUCACCACAUCUCCCGUUUACUGCACAUCUCAUUUCUACGGAGGGAGAAGUUUGGCCGGGAACCUCACCCGUUCAUUCUCUGGUGGGUCUGCCACAUUGACCUGUAUGCUCUGUUGAGUGGUGCAGGUACUGGAGAGUUUGUGCGAGCUAUCAUGGACAAUCACAUGCUUCCUGGAUGGGAGAGUCUUCUAUACCCUUCCGGAUCGGAGGGCUACAGUGUCAUCUAUCCCGAUGAGCAUGAAAGCUUACCGGUCAUGAUGCGCCUUUACGCUGAUACAUUUUCAUUGGCUGCCCAACUUGGCUUCCUUGCUGCUCAACUUCGUCAAGAUAAGCAGUCUCGACCCUUCUCUGAAUUCAACGCACGAACCAAGGAGAUCUCUGAUCUGCGUCAGUCCUUUUCACAGCUCUGGGAGUCUCCCAGCGUUGCCUUUUGGAACCAACACCAAGAUGGCCUCCCCGGCGAUCCCAGGAACUUUUGCAACAGUAGCAUGUGGUCUGGUCAGCGUCUUGAAUCGGACGUUGCUCCUGAGGCAGAGAUUGACCACCAUGCAUCGGAGAUUCUGCGCAUUGCUGAGCGUACCACCAGCACACGGCGUGCUGAUCGUCACUUCUUGGUUUUCCCGCUCUUCCUUGCAGGUGCCACUGCAUCAGCCAGUGGUCUCAAGAUGAUGGCUAUGGAAUUAAUGACGGGCAUGGAGGAUGAGGAGGAUGGGAUGGGACGUAACGCAGCUACAACACGAACCAUUCUGCAAACCGUGUAUGAGCGACAACUGGAGCGGUUGAUGCGAGUCGGUCACACAUUGGAUGUUGACUGGGCAGACCUGAUGACCCAAGAAGGGCUACAGAUGGUCAAUUUUGGAUUUUAG